AGAAUAUCAUAUUUUGAAUCAGAAACCGAUGACGAAGAAUUUGAGCCUUCGGAAUUAUCAACAAUCCGAAAGAUGGUCACAGAAACUGAAAAAAUUUCAGAUGGCUGGGAAGUUAAGCUAUUGAAAUGGCAACAACACAGCCUUAAUCAAUUAGAUCAUGGAAUUCAGUACCCAUCAAAGCGGAACAUACACUGUAUUCUUGUUGCUUCUUCAAUCUUUUAUUUUAAAAAAGAAAACGAGCAGGUAUAUAAUGGCUUCCUAACAGCAGAUGAGAUUGCCGAUAUUCAAUCACGCGUAAUCUCAGAGUUCAAGAUGAUAGAAAUUCCAAAUGGAGUAAAGGAGUUUGUGCGAGAAAAUAAAAAGGUUUGCGAAUUAAGCCGUCGUGGUCGAAUACCAGAUUACAGACUGAAUAAUAAAAAUGGAUCUCGUUCAGCUGCAUUUGGUGAAGUAACCAGCCCAAAACGUCAAAAUGAAGAACCUAAAGUUUACUGGGACAUUUACCGUGGUGCUAUACAUGCGAAAGAUGCCAUAGAUUAUGAUAUUAAUCAGCAAAAUAUACAACCAGAUGAGGCGAAACGAAUCAUAAUAUUUAUUAAUGGCUUUAAAAUGACUGUGUGCGUUAUGAAAUUACAUUCUUCCGGAAUAUAUCUAUUGGUUGAAGUGGCGUCAUGUACUAUUCCGAAAACUGCUAGAGAUCUAGAGCAAAUUAUGAUCCUUUACCAAAUUUUAAUGAGUAUUCGGGUCAACCAGACUCGCUAUAUUAGAGCAGGAAGAAAAAG